GUUAUGGAUGGAAUUGGGUUCAAUUCUGCUAAACUAGAAAGAAUUCUUGUAGAGUGCUCAGGGUAUAUCGAUGGUACUCACACCGAAGAAGAUACAUUAAAGCUAAUGGAAUGCUCCCAUCAUUGCUUGAAUGUCGAGAUGAAGAAGCGGCAGUCAGCAUCAUGGAACACAUUCAACAAAAGACGCGUACUCUCUGUACAAUGCGUCGGUGAUAAAAUCACGUUACUGUCAACCAGCCUACUGCCUUCAGGCAAAUGGUCU